AUGAGCGGUGGCUUAGACCACGGCGGCGAGGAUCCAGAGGGCUCGUUUGUCCAGCGUCUCGAGAAGCGUCGCCGGCUCGAGGCGCGAACGCCCCGCUACGACCUCAUCUCCAGCAUCCCGCCGACCUCGAACAAGGUCGAGCGGUUUUCAGCGUGGCGCGUACCACGUUUGCUCAAGAGCGCAACAGUCUCCAACGGCGGCGAGGAUCCAGAGGGCUCGUUUGUCCAGCGUCUCGAGAAGCGUCGCCGGCUCGAGGCGCGAACGCCCCGCUACGACCUCAUCUCCAGCAUCCCGCCGACCUCGAACAAGGAUCCAGAGGGCUCGUUUUUCCAGCGUCUCGAGAAGCGUCGCCGGCUCGAGGCGCGAACGCCCCGCUACGACCUCAUCUCCAGCAUCCCGCCGACCUCGAACAAGGUCGAGCGGUUUUCAGCGUGA